GAAGCAGCUGGCUCAACAGAGGCUCAACAGAGGAGACAUGUACCGGCUCCUGUCAAGUGUGACAGCUCGGGCUGCGGCCGCCACGGGCCCGGCCUGGAGCGGAGGACGGCGCGGGGCGCACGGGAGACCCGGCCUGCCCGUGCUGGGCCUUGGCUGGGCCGGGGGUCUGGGGCUCGGGCUAGGGCUGGCGCUCGGGGCGAAGCUGGCGGUGGGGUUGCGGAGCGCCGGUCCCACUCAGUCCCCCGCGGACCCCGAGGCUGCGGGCACCGAGCUGCCGCACGAGCAGGCCCUGAGCCCCGGGAGCCCGCACACGCCUGCGUCGCCCGCAGCCAAGGGCUUCUCCAGAGCCAUCGAGAGCAGCCGCGAUCUGCUGCAUAGGAUCAAGGAUGAGGUUGGCGCACCCGGCAUAGUUGUUGGAGUUUCUGUAGAUGGAAAAGAAGUCUGGUCAGAAGGUUUAGGUUAUGCAGAUGUGGAGAACAGGGUACCCUGCAAACCAGAAACAGUCAUGAGAAUCGCAAGUAUCAGCAAAAGCCUUACCAUGGUGGCUCUGGCUAAACUCUGGGAAGAUGGAAAACUGGACCUGGACCUCCCGGUGCAACACUAUGUUCCUGAGUUCCCAGAAAAAGAAUACGAGGGUGAAAAGGUUUCUGUCACAACAAGAUUGUUGAUUUCCCAUUUAAGUGGAAUUCGUCAUUAUGAAAAGGACAUGAAAAAAGUGAAAGAAGAGAAAGCUUACAAAGCCUUGAAAAUGACAAAAGGCUUAAUGCCAUCUGACCAAGAGAAAGAACCAAAGGAAAAGGGAGGCAAAAAUCACGAGAACAACGAUUCCCCUAAAGCAAAGGGCGAGCAGGAGAACGAAGCCAGAUGCCGGCACUCAAAGCACGGCAAGAAAAAGAAUGAUUUUGAACAAGGCGAAUUAUAUUUGAAAGAAAAAUUUGAAAAUUCAAUUGAAUCCCUAAGAUUAUUUAAAAACGAUCCUCUGUUUUUUAAACCUGGUAGUCAGUUUUUGUAUUCAACAUUUGGCUAUACCCUGCUGGCAGCCAUCGUAGAAAGAGCUUCGGGAUAUAAAUAUUUGGACUACAUGCAGAAAAUUUUCCAUGACUUGGACAUGUUGACAACUGUACAGGAAGAGAACGAGCCGGUGAUUUACAACAGAGCGAGAUUUUAUGUUUACAAUAAAAAGAAACGUCUUGUCAACACACCUUACGUGGAUAACUCCUAUAAAUGGGCUGGUGGCGGAUUUCUGUCUACAGUGGGUGACCUUCUGAAGUUUGGGAAUGCAAUGCUGUAUGGUUACCAAGUCGGGCUGUUUAAGAAUUCAAAUGAAAAUCUCUUACCUGGAUAUCUCAAGCCAGAAACAAUGGUGAUGAUGUGGACCCCAGUCCCUAACACAGAGAUGUCCUGGGAUAAAGAGGGCAAAUAUGCAAUGGCGUGGGGUGUUGUAGAAAAGAAGCAAACGUAUGGUUCCUGCCGGAAGCAGAGGCACUACGCCUCACAUACUGGAGGUGCAGUGGGGGCCAGUAGUGUCCUGUUGGUCCUUCCUGAAGAACUGGACCCAGAGGCCUUAAAUAACAAGGUGCCCCCACGAGGAAUAAUCGUCUCUAUCAUAUGUAACAUGCAAUCCGUUGGCCUCAAUAGCACUGCUCUGAAGAUUGCCUUGGAAUUUGAUAAAGACAGAGCCGACUAGUCCUAAAUGGCAGGGGUCCACAGUGAGCCUUUCAUUCUUUGAAAUGUUGAUGUUCCAAAAUACGCAAAAAUUUAAGAAUACAUUUGUAAUAGAGAACAGUUAAAUGUGGAGAAUUAUGUUCCUCUAAUUGCUUAAUUUUGUAACUGUCUUUUUCUUGUACAACUAGUUCUUUACACUCAGGGAAAUAACAGUUGUUUCUACUUUUUGAAGAAAAGGUGUUAAAUCUUGAAAUAAAAUAUUCUGA